AUGAUCUCCUCCAGCAAGCUCAAGUCCGUCGACUUCUACAGGUGCGCGCGCUCCCGAUCCCUUCUCCCCAGAUCUCGUGAGCACCUCCAUUCCUCGAUGCUUUUCCCGGGAUACGCUGGAGCGGUACGAUUCUCUGGGGAUUGGAUGACUAGGAGAACGGAGAGUGAUUUCGUCAGCUUGGGCUUGGCGGAUUUCGUUCCGCGGUGCUUCUGUUUGGACAACGUGUUACGCUCCGGUGGGAUAUGCCAUUCUAAAUCCUCAAAUAGAAGCGAGUUGGACAGUUUUCGAUUUGAUAGGAGAGCCAAAUGUUCCCAUGGCAUUGUUUUGUGUCUGCUUGCAGAAACUCGUCCUUGGAAAAUCCCUAGGGAUUUGACCGAGGCAUCACUGUCUGGCGCUGGAUUAUCCAUUGUAGCAGCACUAGCUAUGGUGUUUUUAUUUGGAAUGGAGUUGAGCAGUUACUUAGCAGUCAAUACUACCACAUCUGUGAUUGUUGAUAGGAGUUCAGAUGGGGAGUUUUUACGGAUAGAUUUCAAUAUAAGCUUUCCUGCACUUUCAUGUGAAUUUGUACAAGUUGAUGUUAGUGACGUGCUGGGAACAAACAGAUUGAACAUAAGGAAAACUGUUCGAAAGUAUUCAAUUGAUCGGAAUUUUGUACCAACUGGAUCAGAAUUCCACCCUGGGCCUAUCCCCACUGUCAAUAAGCAUGGAGAUGAUGUUGAAGAGGAUCAUGUGGAUGGUGCAUUUUCAUUGUCAUCUCACAAUUUUGAUAGCUUUUCACACCAAUAUCCUGUUUUGGUUGUCAACUUCUAUGCUCCCUGGUGUUACUGGAGCAAUCGACUGAAACCUUCAUGGGAGAAGACAGCGAAAAUAAUGAGGGAGAGAUAUGACCCUGAAAUGGAUGGUAGAAUCCUUCUAGGCAAAGUUGAUUGCACUGAGGAAGUUGACUUGUGUAGGAGACACCACAUACAAGGAUACCCAUCCAUUCGCGUUUUCCGUAAAGGAUCUGAUAUAAAGGAGAAUCAGGGUCACCAUGACCAUGAAUCAUACUAUGGGGAACGUGAUACUGAGAGUUUAGUCGCGGCAAUGGAAACAUACGUUGCAAACAUUCCAAAAGAGGCUCAUGUGCUUGCUUUGGAAGACAAAUCCAAUAAGACUGCUGAUCCUGCAAAGCGCCCUGCUCCAAUGGCGAGUGGAUGCAGAAUAGAAGGUUUUGUGCGGGUCAAAAGGGUUCCAGGGAGUGUUAUUGUCGCAGCUCGAUCUGGAUCUCACUCAUUUGAUCCAUCUCAGAUAAAUGUUUCACACUAUGUGACACAGUUCUCAUUUGGCAAGAGACUUUUGCCAAGGAUGCUUGAUGAAUUCAUAAGACUUACUCCCUAUCUUCGUGGAUACCAUGAUAGAUUAGCUGGCCAGUCUUAUACUGUUAAGCAUGGCGAGGUUAACGCCAAUGUUACUAUUGAGCACUACCUUCAAGUUGUGAAGACUGAGCUUGUAACACAGAGGUCCUCAAAGGAACUAAAAGUGCUCGAGGAAUAUGAAUACACAGCACACAGCAGCUUGGUGCACAGCUUCUAUGUUCCUGUUGUGAAAUUCCAUAUUGAGCCUUCUCCCAUGCAGGUCUUGGUAACUGAAGUUCCGAGAUCCUUCUCCCAUUUCAUCACAAAUGUCUGCGCUAUCAUCGGUGGAGUCUUCACGGUUGCUGGAAUACUGGAUUCCAUCUUUCACAACACACUCAGGAUGGUGAAGAAGGUUGAGCUGGGAAAGAACAUAUAA